GCGCACUUCAACAUGGCGGCACGUACCCAUCCUGAGCUAACCUUGUUGUGUUUUUGCGCUUCACCAAAUUUUGACACUUGCUGUCUACGAUAAGUCAUUUUGUGUUCGCAGAAAAAAUAGCUGAUUAUUCCAUUGCGUGGAAUUCCGUGCAAAUUAAUAUUCAACUCAUUGGUAUCGUACGCAUCAAUCGGACGGCCGUGCAUCGAACAAAAUGGCUAGCCAAACGCAGGGAAUUCAGCAAUUGUUGGCCGCCGAAAAGCGUGCAGCAGAAAAAGUGGGCGAAGCUAGAAAACGAAAGCAACGACGCUUGAAACAGGCGAAGGAAGAGGCACAGGACGAAAUCGAACGAUAUCGUCAGGAACGCGAGAGGCAGUUUAAGGAGUUCGAAGCGAAGCACAUGGGAAGUCGCGAGGGUGUGGCGGCCAAGAUCGAUGCCGAUACGGCCAGCAAGAUCGUCGAGAUGAAUCGUUCGAUUUCGGUCAAUAAGGCAGCGCUGCUCAGUGAAAUCCUCACGCUUGUGUACGACAUCAAGCCGACGGUGCAUAAAAACUUCCAAUACACCAAGUAAGGACCACAUGUCUAUAAAAUGCGUUGAACAAGCGAUUCUCCUAGUAUAUAGAUGCGUGCGCUGGUAGGAGGCCACCGAAAGAGCACACAGAAAACAGAGAUACCUAGGGAUCGAAAUAAUAGUCAGCUAACAACAAACACAAAACGCCAUUAGAAUCUAUCGAUGUCGCGUUGCCGUCUAAUAUGAAAUUUUAGUUGAAGCUGUACAUAAUUGUUUCACGCUGUUCUUCUUCCGCCUGAAAAGCAGUUCGGAGUUGAUGCAAAACACGUCCUUGCUGUCUUCAGGUUUCGUUUGUUCUCCGCAAAUCUGUUUUUUUGUUAUUGCAUGUGUUAUGUAUCUAUCGUAUCCAUUUUUUUUCGUGAGCGCGUUGCGAUCGAAGGAUCUCUUCCCAAUGUUGCCUUCGCCGGUACUGAGGGAAAAGGUAUAUUUUAAUAUAAAAUUUGUUGGCACCAUGCCAGCUACGCUUGUGUGCGUUCCUUCUCCGUAUAAAAAAUCGAAUCAGCGUAGAUAAUAGUCGCUGAAGGGCGGCUGGUUGGUCACCCAAUGGCAACCAGCGAUCAGAACCCUAUCGGCUCAUUCCAAAUCUCUUUCAAUCGGUGUAGUAUCUUGUUGUUCCCAUGCCAUCAUUGUCGAUACUUGCUAUAACAUUAGAUGAAUUACUAUCGAAAACAAAACAAAAAUCAUGACAAUAUUAUCGAAGAAGAACCCCCUAGCGAUUAUUGUGCAGGAGGAAGAUCAUUAGGUCGUUCUCUGCUUAGGUCGUCGCCGGAAGCUUCAUUAGUGCGAUCGAUAGGAGCGGUGUGUUACGUUGGGUUAAUAACGCCGGAUGAAGUGGUUCGAUAAAGACAUUGUUUACGCUCUUAUAAACACUACUUCAAUAACCGCACAAACGAUUCUUUUGUUGCCUUAUCGUUGCUUUUUUCUGUUUUAUUUUGUGUUUAUCCCCCGUAGUGUUUCGGGUCUCGCAAUACUUGUUAUAAACCCCACUCUCCAUGCUAUACAUGUAGUUCGCGCGUGACCGUACAGCAAAGUACAUUAUAGUCCCCACCUUCUAACCCCUAAUUUUCUUAACUGCAAACAACACAAGUAUAUAUCGUUACAGUAUACCCACGGAACGUUAUCUCAUAAUUCGAAAUUGUAAAGAAUCCAAUAUGCUCUACAUGGAAUAUAUAGUUAUGAUGAAUGCGGUUGAACAACAUGUAGCUUCACUAUU